CCCCCCCCUCCCGUAAACCCGGAAGCAGUGAGUGAGUGCUCCUCGUCCAGAGAGGAUCUCUGGUCUCCCCAUCUCUCCUCGGUGUGUGGAGCUGCUGGAGCGUCUCCGGAGCCUCUCAGCCAUUUUAGCAGCACGUUCUCCUCUCUCAGGACCGUUUAGGGUUCACACUGGGUCUGGCCUCGGUCCCGGGUCUGACCGCCGGUGUGAACGGACCGGGUGUGACCCGGGUUACCCUGCCAGCUCACCUGCACGUGUGACAGUGAUGCCGACAGCUCGUGGUGGACACAAAACCGACAACACACCGUGAAGCAUCAUGGGAGGUGGCAGGUGGACGAGCCGACCGUGGGCCGAGCAGAGCCUGUGACACACACACACACACACACACACACACACACACACACACACACACACACACACAGACACACACACACCAUGGAACAAGGCUUCAGCUUAAAUACUCUGAAGAAGCUGGCAGCUGACCCUGACUACACCGAUGUAUCUCUGCCAGCGGCGGAGCGAGUGCGAGCGCUGGGGAAGAUGGGGUGCAGCGUGGAGAUCAGCGAGGACGUGGCGCUGAGGCGCUACCUCCGCUCCGGCGUGGAGAUGGAGCGCAUGGCGGCCGUUUACCACGAGGAGGGGAGUCUGGAGAACGCCUACGUCCUCUACACCAAGUUCAUCACUCUGUUUGUAGAGAAGUUGCCGGCUCACAGAGACUACCAGCAGUGCAGCGUCUCCGAGAAGCAGCUCAUCAUGAAGAAACUACAGGAAGUGGCGUUUCCUCGAAAAGACGAGUUGAAGAAACGUCUUCAGGAGAAGUACAGCCGGGAGCACAGCCAGUACCUCCGAGCCCAGAGCGAGGCGGCGGCCACAGUGGCAGCGGUUGAGGGGUGUGGCCUGCAGCUGCAGCGGCUCUCCCUAUUGGGCGAGGAGGACAGGAGGCGGGGCCUGCUGCUGGAGGAGGAGCGUCAGCGUGUCGCCGCUCUGCGACGUCUGCAGAUCCAAUCACAGCAGUUUCAAUACUUCGAGGACCAGCUGAGACGGCAGGAACUGGCCAAUCGGAGAGCAGGGGAGGCGGAGCCAAAGGUGGACAUCAAAGUGCCUGAGGUGAUGGACGGCUCCUGUGUGUCUAAGCAGCCAAUCAGAGACAGGGUACGACCCCAGGGGGCGGAUCCUAACAGGAACAGACAGCCAGCCCCCGUCAGCCAACCGGCCGCUACGCUGGCUGGAGUACACACUCCGAGGGUGGAGGGUUUAAGGCGGGUGGUGAUUCCCAGAGACCUGACCUACCGGUUCCUGCUGCUGGCCGACUCCAACACCGCCAGAGGAAUAGAGACAUGUGGCGUCCUCUGUGGACGACUGGCACACGACCAGCUCAUGCUGACUCACGUGGUGAUCCCCAAACAGUCGGCCGGGCCGGACUUCUGCGACAUGGAGAACGUGGAGGAACUGUUCAGCUUCCAGGACCAACAGAACCUGCUGACCCUCGGCUGGAUACACACUCAUCCCACUCAGACGGCGUUCCUCUCCAGCGUCGACCUCCACACUCACUGCUCCUAUCAGCUGAUGCUGCCGGAGGCCAUCGCCAUCGUCUGCGCCCCAAAACACAACGACACCGGUGUGUUCAGGCUCACCGGUCCCGGGAUGUCGGAGGUGUCCGGCUGCAGACUGAAAGGUUUCCAUCCUCACUCCAAGGAGCCGCCUCUCUUCAGCGUGUGUAAACACGCGGUGAUUAGGGAGUCAAAGGUCAUCCUGCUGGACCUCAGGUGACACGAAGAGAAGAAGAAACUCAACACACUGCCUCUCUGUGUGUGUGUGUGUGUGUGUGUGUGUGUAUGUGUGUGUGUGUGCGUCUGGUGUGUGUGUGUGUGUGUGUGUGUGUUUUCUGGAAGUUCUUGAAGUUUUUUCGUGAUAUUUUUUAGUAUUUUGAGAUCAGCUGCUGGCUGGAGAUAGAUAUGAAUCUGUGUUUGUGUGAACAGCUGUUUUCAGCCUGUGGUAUUUGGGAGAU